CAAGGAAGAAGCACCGUCCCUCGCCUAGGUAGGCUUCGUGCUUGUGCAUCGACAGCGGGGCAGGUAGGGCUCGUUUGUCCGUCCGUCAUCGCAUCAGACAAAGCAGAGCCACUUUCACACGGACAACCGCAAUCGUCACCGGAAUUGAGCCAAGAGCCAGAGAAGGGGACAGCUGCAUCAGCAUCAGCGGCAGCAGCGGGAUACAGGAGAGAUGGCCUUCUCUCUGCGGCGUCAGGUGAAGAACAUUGUCAACAACUACUCGGAGGCCGAGAUAAAGGUGCGCGAAGCGACCUCCAAUGACCCCUGGGGCCCGUCCAGCUCCCUGAUGGCAGAGAUCGCCGAGCUGACCUACAACAGCGUCGCUUACGAAGAGGUGAUGACCAUGCUGUGGAAGAGGAUGAGCGAUGGGGGACGAAACUGGCGUCACGUCUACAAGGCGCUGGUGCUGCUCGAAUGCCUCACCCAAAUUGGCAACGAGAAGGUGACCGAGCAGUGCCGCGAGCACCUGUCCGGCCUCAAGAUGCUGCAGGAGUUCCGCUUCGUGGACCGCGACGGCAAGGACUACGGCGUGAACGUGCGCGAGAAGUCCAAGCAGCUGGUGGCUCUGCUGCAGGACGAAGCGCUGCUCCAGUCCAAGCGCGAGCUGGCGCUCAAGACGAAGGAGCGCAUGGCGCAGAGCAAGGCCAAGCCCGGGGGCGCCGCGCAGUUUCUGGGGGGGCUCAGUCGCAGCCCCGGGCCCAGGGAGGCGCUGGGCUCCACAUCGUCCAAUGGAGGAGACGGAGGAGGCUCCGGGGGGUCGCCCGCCGCUCAGCGACCGCCAUCGUCUCCCCAAGUGGCUGCCGGCACAGAGCAUGGAGAACAGCCUCAUCGGGCAGAGGAGAAAACAGCCGAUCCUUCGGUGCCGGCAGAGCAGGAGCCACGUGCGGAGAUCAGAGCCGAGCAGCCCACCGCGACAACCAAGGAAGCCGCGAUGGUCGAGCUGCCGCUGCUCGACAUCGGAGAUUGCUUCAGUUCCCCUUUGACUGUGGGGUCCACAGCUCCACAGCAACAGCAGCAGCAGCAGACUCAGCCCCUGGACGUCUGGGACACGGUCGCCCCCUCGGUCGCUCAGAACGACCCCUGGAGCAUCCCUCCCGCAAGCCCCGCCGCCACCGACUCCAAGUCAUCCGCGAGGCCAUCUGGGGCUGCCUCCCCUGCCCCCGAUCCUUGGGCCUCAUUGCUGGCAGGGCCCCAGCGGUCGACACCGGCGCCAGCGUGUGCGUCAGUCGACCUCUUGGGCGACGACGCACCGACCGCGGCUCCGCCCCGAGCCUUCCCCGCCGCUCCGGUCGCGCAAACCACCGCCGUCGACCUGCUGCAGUGGCCCGACGUCGCUGCCGCCCAGCCCCAGGUGAAAGUCGCGGCACGCGCCCUCGGGGAUUCCCCCCUGUCGCUGCUCGACCUCGACCCCGUCGCGCCAUCGCCUGCAGCGGCCGCGCAGCCCGGCGUCUCCGCCACCCUGCUGCUCUCGUCCGGACAAUCUUUGGCCACAUCUGCAAGCCCAGCUCCCAUCGCACGACCAGCAGCAGCAGCAGCGCCAGGAGCAACACUCUCACCAGCAGCGCACUCUGCCCCGCCUCCCGUGGCUGCACCCCGCUCCCCACGGGUGUCCACAAAGCCUCAGCAGAAGUCCACCCCUGCUGCUGCUGCUCCCUCCGCUGCAGUCACCACCACUACCACCACGAGCCUGGCUCCAGGCCGGAGCCCGCAGCCUCAAGCAGUCAGUCCCGGGUCCGGAAAGCCGCCGGCCCGUCCGCCAUCACCCCGCCUCGGCGGACGGAUUCCUGCUGCACCUACGGAGCAGCAGCAGCAACAACAACGCGAGCAGCAGCAGCAGCAACAGCAGCAGCAACAACAACGGGAGCAGCAGCAGCAGCAGCAGGAGCAGCAACAGCAGCAACAACGGGAGCAGCAGCAGCAGCAACACCAGCAGCAACAGCAGCAACAACGGGAGCAGCAGCAGCAGCAACAGCAACAGCAGCGGGAGCAGCAACAGAAGCAACAACGGGAGCAGCAGGAGCAGCAGCAGCAGCAACAGCAGCGGGAGCAGCAACAGCAGCAACAACGGGAGCAGCAACAGCAGCGGGAGCAGCAACAGAAGCAACAACGGGAGCAGCAACAGCAGCGGGAGCAGCAACAGCAGCAACAACGGGAGCAGCAACAGCAGCAGGAGCAGCAACAGCAGCAACAACGGGAGCAGCAGCAACAGCAGCAAAAACGGGAGCAGCAGGAGCAGCAACAGCAGCAACAGGAGCAGAAAGAUCAGCAGCAGCAGAAAGAUCAGCAGCAGCAGAAAGAUCAGCAGCAGCAACAGCAGUGGGAGCAGCAACAGAAGCAACAGCAAGAGCAGCAACAACGGGAGCAGCAACAACGGGAGAAGCAACAGAAGGAGGAGCAACAGCAGCAACAGGAGCAGGAACAGCAGCAGGAGCAGAAAGAGCAGCAACAUAAAGUAUUUUCCCCUCUUUCACCAGCUCAAGUCUUGAGUGUUGUAGAUGCUGGUCAGAUUAUUCAUGAAGAUUCAAAACCAUUAUCGCAGCAAUCAAUGACCCCUGGGUCAGAUUCUUCAUCUGUUCCGCCCAGUUCAAAUCUCGAUGAUUUGCUGGGCUUUGAAGGACCGGACGUCCUUCUCGCAGCUCCAAUCAGAAUCCCCGACGGCACUCCAUCGCUAAUCCUGCCUGUGGUGCAAACGCCUGCACCGUCCUCGGGUCUCGACGAUUUACUUGGCCUCAGCUCAGAGAUGCUGCAGCCAUCAGAGCCACAGGAGCAGCAGCAUCAGCAGCAGCAGCAUCAGCAGCAGAACGAGCCUGGGGCCGCUUCUGGCUGCGCGGAUCUGCUCAGCUUAACGUCCCCUCGCGAUGACGCCGACACCUCGAGCAACGGAGAGCCGGAGUCGUCAGAAGCGAAGCCAAGCGUCGAUGCCGCUCCUCCUCCUCCACCACCCUGCGACGACCCCCCACCCGCUCGGACCGCCGAGACGGUGGCCUCGACUGCGACCUCCUCGCAGGCCCUCGUGUCGGCCGCAUCCCGAGCCCCCACAGGGGCCCCCACAGGGGUCGCCACAGGGGUCGCCACAGGGGUCGCCACAGGGGUCGCCACAGGGGUCGCCACAGGGGUCGCCACAGGGGUCGCCACAGGGGUCGCCACAGGGGUCGCCGACGACGCUGCCGCUACCGCCGCCACGGCAGUCGCGGAGGGUUCGCCGUCGGAGCAACCGGAGGAGAAUUCCCACGGUGCAGACCCGCAGGUCAAGGAUCUUCAGGAGGCCGACGGUUUAGCGCUGGGGCCAGAAAAAGGACAACAGCACGUCCUGGAAAAGGCCUCGGUGGAAACGGGCGGAGUGGCCGAGUCGGCCGUUAUCGAGGAGGUCGCCCAUCGCCCGACGAGCAACGGCAGCGACUGAGGCCAGCGGGGAGCACGGAGAUGUCCCGAGGUGUCCCGGUGAAAACAAAGGGAAUGUGUGGGCCAUGGCAAACGUGGGAAAGGAGAAAAGCAAAUGAACAUCGAAAAGUUGGGCCAGGUGAGGUGCUGGAAGUAGGGCUGGGGCUGGGGUUAUAGGGAAGGGCUAUUGAGAGGAGCGACUUGGUUCGUUUGAUAUUGGCCUGAGAUAGAGCUGGAGUUAAAGGGUGCAACAGUCAUUCUUGUAACUUUAUUGUAAAUCCCUGCUAAGACUAUUUUUCAACCGAUUACGUAGCCAACCGAUUAUAGCAUGGUUGACGACGCACGGUGCGAAAGAACUUCAACGUACAUAUCCAUGCAAUAGAGUAGCGAACUACCGAAGCGACACAGCCAUGAGAGCUAGGCAAGAAAAGGCACCUGUAAGGCUAAUAAAUGAAAAAGACGAGGCAUUUUAUACGAGGUAGAAAUACAAGUUGAAGAAGAUUAAUCAGGUUUCCCAUAAAACAACCAACCCUUAGCUAUCAUCCACAUUAAAUAAUUAGGAUUUUUGGGCCAGGAUUCUGUGACAACCAAGUAAAUGUUUUCCCACAAAAUCAGAGCAUGGGAUGAGUUUUGGAUUGAAAAUGGUCUGAUUUGAGGUCGUUGGAAUAUUAAGGACAAUUUGGGACUGGAAAAAUUUAGAAUCCUUAACAUUAUGCAAUAAUGUAGCCCUUUGUUAGGGUACCAAGUGACCUCGCCCAAUGUCACCUCAAUUUUGGCGAAAAAAGCGUUGACGUGACAUCGUUGAAGUAGCGUCACUUCCUGUGAUGUCAUAUCUUCGGAUUAUUAUGACAAAAGAAAUAGUUUUUUCGGAUCAUCCAAAAUGUCAUGCCCAGGGCUAAUGUUUGCAUUUUUUCAGAUUAAAAUCCCAAAAUGAGGUACGCAUUCCUGAUCAGAGCUUAUGUUGUGUAUGCAAGAACAACAACAAUAACAGUGUCAAAGCCUUUGGACAAAGUGGCUGUGUAGCAAGUCCUCAAUUUAACGUUAUUUCCCCAACGAUAGGACCCCUCUUAUAUUAACGCAACGCAGACAACAUUCUUGCUGACAACACAAUCUCAAGAUGUUUGCACCAUUUAACUUCGGGUAAAGGCUCGUGUUGUGAUUGGGUAGCGUGCUCCUCCAUGCAAUUGACACUAAAUGGGGCCAUUUAAUAUUCAGUUAUUUUCUCACUUCUGGCGUUUACAUCACCUCACCACUUUCAUUUGGGAGCCUCCUCAACGGAUUUGAGGGUGGGGGACACUUCAGACACGAUUUCAUUUGCUUUUGCUCCUGCAAACGUCGCCGCAGGUGUGCUGCAGCGAAACGUCGGACGCCACGCUGAAUAACAGGUGGUACAACCGGAAAGCGCUACGGAGAGCCGUACAUUUGCUUUGGUUCGAUCGUUGCUGCCGCUGCUGCCGCUGUUGUUUUUGUGAGAUGUGGUGCGCUCAGCAAUUCUGUACGCUCGUGCUGCAGAGCAACAGCAAUUGAUGAUGUGCAUCGUGUGUGUGGGCACGCACGCGCGCGAGUGCAUUGUGGUUUGCACCAAUUUCUAAAAGCAACUCUUGUGGAAGACGAGUGGUGGCGUGGUCUGGGGGCUGUCGGUAAGAGCUUGUAAUCACCGUGUCAAAACUACUGGGCCAGCAUUUGCCACGAUCCAAGGUUCAAAUAAAGGUUGCAGCUACAGUUGGUGGCUAAAACCAGGAGCGAGUUGAUUGCCUCAGCCAGGUCACCAAUGACUGCACAAACAAAUGUAUAUUUUUUUUUAAACCAUUCAGUUGGUUUGUUUGAAAUUAUGGGCAAGUUGUCGCCAGCAUGCAACAAUGUUCUCCCCCCAUCGAUCACGAUAUAAGAAUAGAUAAUUGCCCUCCCAUCGUUGUGCGUUUGGAGUCUAAAGUGGCUGCGGAGCAAUGACAUGCGGUGUAUACCUAUCAGUGUCCCAUGUUUCCGAUCGAUGUCUGAGCGAGGGGUCAUUUUGGCCGACCGGAGACUUCUUCCUCGAGGCGCAUUGCCAAGGCGAGCAGAAACGAACGAACGCUGGCAGGCGCAGUGCAAACGGCGGCAUGGAGAGAGGUGUUUGCCUGGCAUGACGUUGAGAGACCGAAAGAGAAACGCACGCAUCCAUCGGAGAACAUGCGCAAGUCUUUAGCUAAAGCAUAUGGACUGUUACGAAAAUUAAUUGGGCUUGGGCAGGACGCGUCACGGCGGCGAGGAGGGACGUUGGCCGGCGCAACUAACGACGGAGUGGCAGCCAAAGGGGAGGGAAUCAGAAUCUUUAUUUACAGUGGAGGAAUCCGAUGAGCUAUAAAGCUCUUUUUCACAGAUGUCCAAUAGGGGGCAGGUCAGAAACUUGCAACAACAAACAGUACAAAAAUACGAUAGGAGUGCAAAGUAUAGGACCUGUCAGCAAAUCACGAAAUAUAUAUAUAAAUAUAUAUAUAUAAUGCUACCAGGUAAGGCCCACUGCACUGUUAGCUUAUUUUUCAGAAGCGACCUGGCCACAAAUAAUAAUUCAACUAAGUGGUUUAUCACGUGGAAAUUUAUAGUAGCAAAAUAAUCUAAAUCCUCUAGAUUUGAGUGGUGAGAUCAGCUCGUGCGUGGGAGCUCGAUGGAUUUGUAGAUGAAGAAUGUCGACAGCUUUGGGAGGCCUUAAUCCAGUAGUGAAUGGAUAGAUCAUGGCUGCUCAUAUGCAUGAGAAAUAAUCGAUUCUGAAGUGCACAAGUCGAUGCAUGGCUACACGUGUGAGAAUAGAUUUUAUUGUAUAUCCGUUGCAGCGAUAUUCCUGGUACCUAGGCCGUGUGUUCCGCACUGCCCUGUGCGAGACUUAAGCUUUAUUGAUUUAAAAAAUACUUUCAAUUGACUUUCAGGCGCACCUCUGUAAUGAAAUCACCUUAGCUACAUUUUAAAAUAUGUGGCAGUCUGCUGGGAGCCUCAACGGCUCUCAAAUCCAGGUUUCAGCCACCUGUGAUUUAAUUGGGUCCAGUCAAGUGGGUCGAGUUGAUGGUUUCUUCCCAGUCACCAAUGACUGCACACAAAAAAACCCCGCAUCACCUAAAAUGUUCUUCACUUAAUGUCGUUAAUUCGAAGCUCCUUAUGAAGAAAGACUUUGGUGUCACGCAACAAACAUUUCUCUGGCGAGCGAGAAUGUGCCGUCCCCAUCCAUACUGCGCGGAACACAGGUGAUGUUUGAAGGGAUUUCUGAAGUAGUUCUGUGAAGUCUGCUUAUGUGCGCCGUUGCCCAGCAUCGAGGGUUUCACCGCUCUGCAAGCGAUCAGAAUGAAUUCCUCCUUUUAUAAUGACAUCGACAGCACAAUCGGGACAGCACAUAAAUAUAUUUGGAAAUCCGCUACAGUGAUGUCUGCGGAGCGUAUAGCAGCGUCUAAGUCACUUGAAAGCAUUUAAUCUUGAUUUGAAGCUUUCGUAAUUCCAGGAAUCCACUGUUUUUUUCGGUAAAGUCACGGAGGUAGAAUUUUUUUUAUAAAAACAUUUAUUUUUAAUUUAAUUUAAUUUCAUUUUUCUACUGACGUGACUUUACCGAAAGAAUCAAAGAGUUUAAAAGCAUUUCUUUGAAAAUUACGACGCUUCGCAGUUGCGUCAGAGAACCUGCAGCACUGCAGUGGCACAUGUCUCGAAGACUCAAGCAUGUUGGCUUUUGAGCCGUCGCCUUCCUUAACAGUUGUCCUCGGCGUAGAUUUUUAUCGUGUUUCAGUGCUGCGCGCAGCUCACGUACGAUGUUCAAAGCCAUACGAAAAAUCCUGGCAGCUUUCAUUUUAAAACAGCCACCCAGUGAGUGACCUGGUGCUGUCCUGUUGCAAUCCACUGGCGAUUGGCGUUUGAUAUCGAUGGCGUUUGGGAACCUGGGCUCGCGAAAUAACACGCUGCGUUGCGUUUCUGUUUGGGCGUCCCUGCGGUCCAUUCCUGCGGAUGGUUUUGAAUGUGACACAUUUGGGAGGAGGACCAAACAAAGAAAUCGUAACGACAACAAAAACCCUGUAAAGAUGUUGUGUGAAGUUUUCGUGUUUCAACAGUGGUUCUGUUUAUGCAUAGUCAAGCAAGGCCCCUUUCAUACGUGAUGAAUGUGCCAGAAGUGAAUGGAUUAAUGUGGCUUCGUUUCAACCAGGAGGUGUACACAGCUGCAUGAUCUUAAAUGUAAAGCCUCCCGUGUAAUUGUGCAUUCGCACGGAUUUGCCCUGAUUUGUACCGCUGUACAUCGCUGCUGUAUGAUAAUCAAGCCAUAUUACGAAUCCUGACGGUUUCGAUUUAACAGAAGAAUCGGCACGAAGUCCAGGAUUCAUGUUGAAAAUGGAACAAAACUCAAAAGUGUGCAAAAAACCGCGAGUGACAGAUUGAAGAAUGCGUGGAUGAGAGAACGUACGCGAGUUCGAAUCUCUCAGAGUCGUUUGUGAAGCGGAUCUUACAGAACUACUUCUGAGCAGCCUUCAUCAAAUGACCUCUGGUCCACGCGGCGAACGGGUAAGCGCUUUCCCACUUGCUCUGCUUGAGAGAACCGGUCAUCACAAAACGGCCAAACGGAUACAUUUUUGUUUUUACGUAGACCUGAAAAUUAGCCAAAUGAAGUACUAAACCAAACGUGCAGGGCCAGAACAUUCAACGCGAUGGGAUAUUUUCUUUCUCUGCGCAGUUAUUGGUGACCGGGCUGAUAACAUCAUCUGGCCACACUCGAUGACCCAGUGUAGUCCCACGCGGCUUGCCUGGGUUUGAACCCAGGGUCUGAGCGCUGCCAGCUGAGCCCUCUGACAUCCGACCCGCCCGACAUUCCCCGUGUUCUUAUUUCGGCUGCACUUGAGCUGGUGCGUAUCGCUGAGAAACACCGGCAUGAUUGCAAUUGCACCUUAACGUUCUAUGCUUAAAAACAAACGACUCUACAAUUCAGUUUCUGCUCUCAAAUACGCGUUUUAGUAUAACGCAGUUACAUAAUAAAUUUUUUGUUAAAGUUCUUAUAAUGUUAUCAAUAAAUCGCUUCGUAGUAAAGCCAGCAUUCAAUUGCAUUUCAACAAUGUUCUGUAAGAAAACCCAGAUGUUGCUCUUCACUUUUUUGAAUGCUACACUCUGCAGUUUCCGAAUUUGAAAUUUCAACGACAGCAACCCAUUGUUUUUCCCCACCGCCGCAAUCGGCACAAUCGCGUAUUCACGAAACAGAACAACCAUUCUAAAAGAACCGGCACAUUUUUGUUAAAAUCUUCAGUGUCUCUCUGCGAGUUUGGGGGGGGGGGGGGGAGGACGUUGAGCACCUCCUGGGCGUCCGAAGCCAUGUCUAGCGGCGGCACUGCGUCACCCACCCCUCCCCCUCGUGAUUCUGAAAGUAUUUGGAACAAAUCCUGUUACCUUGAAACGACCUCCUCGUGCUCGCCGAAUAUAAGGUUAUAUAGACGUAGCCAUCGUCCCAUGUAGUUGCUAGACGCGUGUGCCGGACCCGUCGUCGAUAUUUCAAUAUAGACAAGAGUACCGCAAGUGUUUGCGUGUGUACGUGUUCGUGCGUUGGUCGUUUAUAGAUCCUCUCAUUCUCAUUGAAAGUUGCUCCCGCUUCGCGCAGUACUCUCUACCCUUUCGAAGGCAGUGUUCGUCGUACCUGCGCGCGUUUACAUAUCGGUGCAGCGCAGCGGCGCGACCUCUCCAAGCCGGACUCUUUUGGGCGGGCAGAGCCUCGUCAGCGAUUGGAACUGUCCAGAGUACCACGACUACGAUGUGCACAUUGAUACUGCACUGGCAGUUCAGUAUCAUCAACACGCAGUGAUAAUACUUGUGGCCUCGCAGAAAGAAACAUAUCUGGGUUCGAUGCCCGACUUGGGUGCCUUGUAUUGUGUGGGGUAUUGUAUGUCCCCCCCCCCCUUGAUCUGCAUGGGUUUCUCCUUUGGGUGCUCCCAUUUCCUCCCAGAUUUAAAUAAGCGUACAACGUAACCGGUAUUGGCCAAACAUCCCAAGAGCUGAAAAAUUGCCAUGCAAGUCGCUCAAUUGGGAUUGCACACAACGACAUCGUCCCCUGCUGAGAAACAGAACCCUCCUGAACAGAGUUGAGACCGAGGCUUUUCCUGGGUGAAUGAGUGGAAUGAUAAGAUGGACAACACUUGGUCCCAUAGAUGACACUUGGCAUUCAUUCAUUAGGUAACAAGUAUUAACUACACACUCACAACCAUAAACUAAAUAUGUACAAUGUACAAACAUUUUUUUUCACACAGCACCACAGUUUAAUCCGAGUCACCACCAUCAUCUAUUAACGUGCGAUAGAUUGACGAGUUUUUUUACCAUCAACAUUUAAUAAAAUGAAUUUGAUUAUUUUCCAUAGAUGUAAAUUAAUGUCCAAUAACAAGAGAGUGCAGGGCCACUCGAGAACGAUGGCGGUCGACUGACAUGGCCAAGGGCACGGGUUCACCGCGUGCGUUAGCCCCACACUAUACCCUUGCAAACAACUCACAUUUUAAGUACUUUAUUGGCGAGGAUUAGCGUACAAAACAAGUAUUGUGAUUGGAUUUUUUUUCUGGGAGCCUUUUCUAGCAUACUCCCAAGUCCAGCUUCACCGAGUCGCGGCUGGAGAGGCGUUUGCUGUGAUAUUGAACGUGCACGCUUUAGCAACCCUUCGAAGGCUUUUGUAUCUGCAUAUCCACAACCCCCGAUCAUCAGCUUUGUUCCCUAGCGUCAUCUACAAACUUGCUCAUCUCGGUACUGAUCAACUUGACACGUACCUAUCUCCUCUGUCUCUCAAUCUGUCACUCUAUUGACACUCCCUUAUAUCCACCUAACUGCAAUCUGCUUAUGUAUUUCGAUUUGUCCAUUGACUCUACAUGCCUGUUUUUCUGUUAGUGUAGAGGAGUAGAGGAGAGUGGUGGCGUCGUGUGCGCUGUCCGGUGAGGUGACAUCACGGGACGUGGGGUCGCGCGCGCCAGGCAGUGCACGUGACGUCCCCCUCCUAGGGUAUUUAAGGGAGACCCCGUGACGUAAGCGGGGUCACUGGAGGAACGGGGAUAGUAGAAGGGGUAAAGAGGGAACCUGGGAUAGUGAUAUGUGUUAAUAAACCCUGGCGGAAGCCCCUAACUCAC